CCAAUGAAAAAACACAUUUUCCACAAUUUAUAAGACGGCGGCGGUACAUUGGAAUUUAUUUUUUCUCAUUUAUUGUUUUAUUUUUCUCCAAGCAGUUAAACUUAAAAUACGCAUAAAAGUGUAUUCGAUUGUAUAAAACCUUUAAAGCACAAUUGUAUCUAUUAAUUAAAAAUGUCAAAACGAAGAAUUGAAGUUGGCGAAACUUAUCCAAAGCCAAGAAAAAUAACAACCCCGCCAUCAGAUGGAACUGUUGCUACAGCAACAACAACUGCAGGUGGAAGCGGUGCUUUACCGAUGGCCAAACAAAUGUCCACAAUGAAUCCCUACACCAACAAACCCUAUUCGCAGCGGUAUUCAAAUCUCUUCAAGAAGAGGAUCACUUUGCCCGUUUUCGAAUACCAAGUGGAUUUCAUGAGGCUGCUCAAUGAUCAUCAGUCGAUUGUGCUGGUUGGUGAGACUGGUUCGGGAAAAACUACACAGAUCCCACAGUGGUGUGUCGAGUUUGCGCUGUCGAGAGGUGGCAAAGCUGUUGCUUGUACACAACCACGUCGAGUGGCUGCGAUGUCGGUGGCACAACGUGUGUCCGAGGAAAUGGACGUUGUGCUGGGGGAGCAAGUGGGUUAUAGUAUUCGUUUCGAGGAUUGCUCGUCGCAGAAAACACUGCUCAAGUACAUGACAGACGGUAUGUUGCUGCGUGAGGCAAUGUCUGAUCCGAUGUUGGAAUCUUACCAAGUUAUUCUGCUCGAUGAGGCUCACGAAAGGACACUAGCCACUGAUAUUCUGAUGGGAGUUCUCAAGGAAGUCAUUCGACAAAGAAAGGAUCUAAAGCUUGUGGUCAUGUCUGCCACAUUGGAUGCCGGCAAAUUUCAACAGUACUUUGACAAUGCUCCUCUAAUGAGUGUACCUGGUCGUACGCAUCCUGUCGAAAUCUUCUAUACACCAGAACCAGAAAGAGAUUAUCUUGAAGCUGCAAUUCGAACCGUGAUACAAAUUCAUCUUUGCGAAGACAUAGAAGGUGACAUUCUGAUGUUCCUCACAGGUCAGGAGGAAAUCGAAGAGGCAUGCAAAAGAAUCAAACGAGAUGCCGACAAUCUUGGACCUGAAGUUGGUGAAUUGAAAUGCAUUCCGUUGUACUCGACGUUGCCACCAAAUAUGCAACAGAGAAUUUUCGAACCAGCACCGCCAAAUAAGGCCAAUGGAGCCAUCGGGCGAAAAGUCGUCGUAUCGACCAACAUCGCUGAAACCUCUCUAACCAUUGAUGGUGUUGUCUUUGUGAUUGAUCCUGGUUUUGCCAAACAAAAGGUCUAUAAUCCACGUAUUCGAUUGGAGAGUUUGCUGGUUUCACCAAUUAGUAAAGCUUCGGCACAACAGAGAGCCGGUCGUGCUGGUCGUACAAGACCGGGUAAAUGUUUCAGGCUGUACACCGAGAAGGCAUUUAAUAAUGAAAUGCAGGACAAUACUUAUGCUGAAAUUUUAAGAUCUAAUUUAGGAACUGUUGUUCUUCAAUUGAAAAAACUUGGAAUCGAUGAUUUGGUUCAUUUUGAUUUUAUGGAUCCACCAGCACCGGAGACACUGAUGCGUGCCCUGGAAUUGCUCAAUUAUUUAGCUGCUUUAGAUGACGAUGGAAAUUUGACGGAAUUGGGAGCGAUUAUGUCUGAGUUCCCGCUAGAUCCACAAUUGGCAAAAAUGUUGAUAGCAAGUUGUCAGCAUAAUUGCUCAAAUGAGAUCCUAUCUAUAACAGCCAUGUUGUCGGUCCCUCAGUGUUUCGUUCGACCAAAUGAGGCCAAAAAGGCAGCUGACGAGGCAAAAAUGCGUUUCGCCCAUAUCGAUGGAGAUCAUUUAACAUUAUUGAAUGUCUAUCAUGCUUUUAAACAAAGUAACGAAGAUCCAAACUGGUGCUAUGAGAACUUCAUCAAUUUCCGUUCAUUGAAAUCCGCUGACAAUGUACGCCACCAAUUAGCCAGAAUCAUGGAUCGUUUCAGUUUAAAACGCACCAGCACAGAGUUCACGUCGAAAGAUUAUUACAUUAAUAUUCGAAAGGCACUGGUGCAGGGAUUCUUUAUGCAAGUAGCGCACUUAGAAAGAACCGGACAAUAUCUUACGAUAAAAGAUAAUCAAAUUGUGCAGUUGCAUCCGUCGACGUGUUUGGACCAUAAACCCGAUUGGGUUAUCUACAAUGAGUUUGUGUUGACUACGAAAAAUUAUAUUCGAACUGUCACCGAUGUUAAACCUGAAUGGUUAUUGUCACACGCCCCACAAUAUUACGACAUGAACAACUUCCCACAAUGCGAAGCGAAAAGACAACUUGAAUUGCUGCAAACUCGAUUAGAUUCUAAACAGUACCAGAAGUUUUAAUUCCAUCAAUUGGUUUUAUUAAACUUACACAAAACAACAAAUUCAUUUGUCUUUAUAAUUUUAAUUACCAAUAAUAAUAAUUA